UUCCCCAUUGUACAAAGAUUUAUAUUUUAUAAAAACUGUUUUCACGACAGGCGGCUCUGCCCGAAAGACAUAACCCAGGGACUAAAUAGCCGCAACCCCGUCGCAUUUUACCAACGUCAUCACCUUCCGUACCGACGAGCCGUUUUGGCUACAACACACGUGUGGUUGUCUUACGCUUUUACACAUGGCAGGCUCGUUUUCUCAGGAACUCGAGGAUUUGUUGAAUCCUUUGCCUAAAUUUGCGGAUCCAGAGGAUGAAGAUGACGAGGCGACCAAAGCCAGGGUCGUCGAAAGAUUCAAUGAGGACGACGACGACGAAGAUGCGGUCGGCCUCAGUGCCCUGCGGAAGCGCAACACAUCCCUGCUCUCAGACACAGACAGGCGGUAUGUGGGAAAAGCAGUCUCUCGUAAACAGCUGCUGAUGGAUAUUGAGGGAUCUGCUGAGGAGGAGGAGGAGGAGGAGGAGGAAGACGAGGACGGCAGCAUAGAAGAAGAUGAAGAAGAGGAUUCUAUGGGUGACGAAGAGGCUGACGACGACGAUGAUGAUGAAAAUGAGUUAGAAGAUGAUGAUGAUGAUGAUGAGGAGGAGUUGGGAGACAGUGAUGCACAACAAGAAGGAACUAAUUUGGCAUCUAAGGCAAAGGGUUCUGACAUGACCUUUCCUCAGGGAGUGGACUUCCACAAGCUGACAGAGGGCAUGGAUGACCUGGGAAUGAGCGAAGAGGAAGAUGAUGGUGAUGAGGAGACUGAAGGCAGUGAUGAAGAUGAAGGCUCCGUGGACGAUGAUAUGGAGGACGGCGAUGAAGAUGGCGAGGAAGAGGGAGCCGUCCACACGUUUUCAAAAGUAAAAGUAGAUGAGGAAGUUGAGAAAGGGAAAGCUGUAAAGAACCAGUUGGCCUUGUGGGACAGCCUGCUUGAGGGGCGAAUCAAAAUCCAGAAAGCUCUCGUGACAGCCAACCAGCUUCCACAGCCGCAGACUUUCCCAGAGUUCAAGAGGAAGGGUGGAGCUGAGCUUGCUGGGGCGCUGAAGAACACCCAUAAAGCUUUAAAGGCUCUUCAGAGGUCUCUGCUGGAGCUGCACGAUCAGCUGCUGUACCAGAACACUGACACCAGGACCAUCGCUCUGGGACAGACAGGAGCUCCGAGUGAAGACGAGGAGAUAAACAGUGAUGAGAAUGAGGAUGGGGAGGGGACGGCGCAGGAAGGUGGAGCGCUUAAACGAAAACUGGAGAUGGCAGAGUACCCAGACUUCAUGGCCAAACGCUUUGCUACUUUCCAGCCUUACCGCAACGCCACGCUGCAAAAGUGGCACGACAAAACCAGACUGACCAUGGCUAAAAGCAGCAAAGGUUUUGGGGCAUUUGAUAGGAACAUAUUGACACAGGUGGAGCAGGUGCUGAUGGACAAAGAAAGGCUGAUACGACGCACACAGACCCGGCGCUCAGAAUACAGAGUCCUGGGGAAAAAGGAGGCCCCUGAGACAGUCCCCACAGAGGGUGAGGAGGCGGAGCAACAGCUGAAAGCAAACGUGCAUCUCAAAGAUGUCGAUGAGGACAUAUUCGAUGACGAUGAUUUCUACCACCAGCUGCUGAGAGAGCUCAUAGAGCGCAAGACAAGCGCAGCAGAUCCCAAUGACCAGGUGGCUAUGGGCAGGCAGUGGCUGGCCAUCCAGAAACUACGCAGCAAGAUUAAGAAGAAGGUAGACACCAAAGCCAGCAAGGGGCGUAAAGUCAGAUUCCACAUCCACAGUAAGCUGGUCAAUUUCAUGGCUCCUGUUGACCACAGCUCAAUGAACGACGAGGCACGCAGUGAACUGUAUCGUGGACUCUUUGGUCAGAACUCCUCGGUCAGGGAGUGACAGUGUAGAGGUUCUCAUGUGGAGCAGAUCCUAAAUGCCAGGAUACAGCCAAAGCAGUGCCUUCUCUACAAAACCAGAAUGAUGCCAAGCAGCAGUUUGGAAUAUAACAGACACUGGGCCUGCUCUUUGUCAGGACAGGUUCUUCAGAUUGGGCAGACAGUUACAGUGCUCUGACUUAACAGGAAUAAAAUGGACUCAGAGGGCACAUGCAGUUCUUAAUACCUGGAUGUGUUGUUGCCUAAGGACCAAUUUCUGAUUAAAAAAAAAAGAAAAAGUAACACAUAUAUAAAGCAUAGUGAGUGUUGAGUGAAGGAAAACAAUAAAUGUGUAAUUAAUUUUUUUGUCA